AUGCUGUAUGAGAUGAUAGGAGUGGUUCGGCCAGGCCGCCUCUCCGAAGUAAAAGAAAUCGCCCGCACAGCUGGCAAAAUUGUGCUCGAUGCCCGCGGCGUCGUCCGCGGCGUAACAAACUGGGGCACCUUCCUGCUCCCCCAUCCCGCCAAAAAACUGCAAUCUACACACCACUACGGUCACCACUUCAUCAUGCGCUUCGAUGCGAGUGCACGCGCGCAACAUACGCUGAGGAAGACCAUGAGUCUGGACCCUCGGUUGAUCAGGUACUCGAUUGUGAAGAUGGGAACGAAGUUUGAGGAGAUCAAGGAUAUUGGGGGGGAGGCGAAGUUUAGAUGA